AUGUUGAGAAACGCUCAUAAAUUAGGGUUUGGGAGUCGUGGACCAACGACCACACCAUCUUCAUCAUCUUGCCUCAAUAGUAGACAAGGACAUGAUUAUGCAAGUUUCAAGAAACAGUAUAAGCUUGGAUCUGAAUUAGGACGCGGUGGCUUUGGAACUGUGUAUUCUGGGUUUCGUAUAAUUGAUGGUUUGCCAGUGGCAGUGAAGUACGUGUCAAAGGACAACGUAAUCGGCUGGAAAAAGAGUCCUAGCACUGGUGAGGAGCUGCCUGUGGAGAUAGUCCUUCUAAUGGAAUGUAGAAAUAUAUUGGGUGUUAUCCAAAUGUACGACUGGUUUGAACGAUCAGAUGGAUUCCUGAUCGUAAUGGAGCGGCCGUCACCAUGCCAGGACUUGUUUGAUUAUAUAUCGGAACACGGGGCACUGGAUGAAAAAAUUGCACGGAAUUUUUUCAAACAGGUUGUGGAUACUGUGAAAGCUUGUGUAGAUGUGAAUGUUGUCCAUCGAGACAUUAAGGACGAAAAUCUGGUUGUGGACUUGAAAACUGGGCGCCUGAAAUUGGUGGACUUUGGUUCUGGUGCAUUUAAUGAAACAAAGGGUGAAAAGUCUACUGAUUUUGAAGGGACACGCGUGUACAGUCCGCCGGAAUGGAUCUUGCAUUCCGAAUAUGAUAGCGGUAAGGCAACUGUGUGGUCACUAGGGAUUUUGUUGUAUGAUAUGGUUUGCGGGGACAUUCCAUUCCAUCGCGACGAGGACAUUAUUUAUCGAGGACCGUUAGUUUGGCGACGACAUAUUUCAAAAUGUUGCAAAAAUCUCAUUACGGAAUGUCUGAAAUAUGACCCAAAUGAACGGUGUGAUUUGGAGGAUAUAUGGCGUCAUCCCUGGUUGUCCGAAGGUGACACGUCUCUUCCAUUGUCAAUAUCGGAGUUGAAUUCAGGUCGCUAUAAGUUAGGCAGUGUACCAGCAAAAUUGGUAACACAGGCAGAACAACAUCCAGCUCUGCGUUACGCCAUAGCAAGUGCUGGUGGAAGUGAAUCGCAUUUGAGCACUUUUAUGUACAUGUCGUCACAGAGUGGUUCAACAAUUAUUGGUACCAAAAUGUCAUCGAUAUCCAUGGGAGACCGCAAUCGACAGCAUUCUCCCGGAUACCGAUCUCUCACUAAUAGUUAUCAUGGAAACCUAUCAAUAUCAUCAAGCUGUUCAAGUGUAAGUUCAGGGUAUUGUACCACCUCCUCACCACCAGCAGGAUCACUCAUGUUGGGAAGUUAUUAA